UAAACAAAAAAGCGAAACCACCACGCCGCAUUAGACCGAUUUACUGUGAUAAAAGUGGGCAAGUUUUAAUCUGUUUCUAAAUGAACUUUUGAGUAAAACUUACUUCAAACUAGACCGGGGUGUAUUAGCGUAAAAAACUACAACCGGGAACUACGCUUAACCGCUAGCAAGCAUGAAUACACUCGAUUUUUGCUACACUCUACUGAUCAGUGCUGCGGUUCUGCUGCUCGUUGCUGACGAUGCACUUGCCGGAAGGGAUUUCUACAAAAUUCUAGGACUGCGGAAAACGGCUAGCAAAAAUGAAAUUAAAAAAGCCUAUCGAACACUAGCAAAGGAAUUACAUCCCGAUAAAAACAAAGACGAUCCGGAUGCAUCGCAAAAGUUUCAGGACUUGGGUGCCGCCUACGAGGUGCUGUCUGAUGAUGACAAACGAAAGCUUUAUGAUCGGUGUGGGGAGGAGUGCGUGAAAAAGGAAGGCAUGAUGGACAACACGGAUCCGUUCGCACAGUUUUUCGGUGACUUUGGGUUCGGUUUCGGUGGCCAGGAGCAGCGCGAAACCCCUCGCGGUGCAAACAUUGUAAUGGACUUGCACGUCACGCUGGAGGAGCUGUACAGCGGGAACUUUGUGGAGAUUACGCGCAACAAACCGGUGAUGAAACCUGCGUCCGGUACGCGAAAGUGCAACUGUCGGCAGGAAAUGGUGACACGUAACCUUGGACCGGGUCGGUUCCAGAUGAUGCAACAAACGGUAUGUGACGAAUGUCCGAACGUGAAACUCGUCAACGAGGAGCGCACGAUCGAGAUCGAGAUCGAACCCGGCAUGGAGGAUGGCCAGGAGACACGAUUCUCCGGCGAGGGUGAACCCCACAUGGACGGUGAUCCGGGUGAUUUGAUACUGAAGAUUAAAACCGUCCCGCAUACCCGGUUCGAGCGGCGCGGCGAUGAUCUGUACACGAACAUCACGAUCAGCUUACAGCAUGCGUUGGUCGGGUUUACGCUUGACAUUGUGCACCUGGACGGGCAUAAGGUGACGGUGACGCGGGAAAAGGUGACGUGGCCCGGUGCGAGAAUACGCAAGAAUGGCGAAGGAAUGCCCAACUAUGAGAACAACAACCUGCACGGUACGCUGUACAUAACGUUUGAUGUCGAGUUCCCGAAAUCGCAGCUAACCGAUACGGAAAAAGAAGAUAUUAAGAACCUUCUUAAUCAACCCUCGAACAACCGGGUAUACAAUGGGCUAAGAUACUCAUAAAAUGCACCAAUAUGCUAGCGGGGCGUUGACACACGAUAGGCUCCCCAUAAGGUUUUAACGCACGGUUACCCCAACCGUGCGAACGAAAUAGGCUGAUAACAAAUUUAGUGUUUUUGCAUCUAGAUCAAAAGGCAUCGUCAGUAAAUGAUUCAACGACCGAUACCAUCCCCUACGAUAGCAGGUGUUUGAUAUAAAGCACCGGUCGCACACACCGGUGCAGAACAUGGCUUUUGAUGUAAAGCUUUUUCAUCAAUUUAACGUGAAAAAACUCUUCCAGAUUUUGUUUCCUUACCGUUCCGAAAUCAUUUGGACCGUUUUUGUGUCCCUAUAAGUGGUAUAUUUAUUAUUGCAUUGGGUGUGUACGUUAUUAGGUUUUGCUCAGCAAUUAAAAAUAGAAAUUGUUCCCCCUCCUUCCUUAGUUCUUUUGAUCCUAUGUUUGUAAGACGAUUGUGUGUAAAUAUAAUUUCUGUCAAUAAAACAAUAUCGAGAGUAAAA